CUCCUUCGGUUUGGGGCUAAUUAUAAAGUGGCUCCAGCCGCCGCCAGCCCGGCGACAACGAGGAGAGGUGAGGCAGGCGCCCUGAGCCCUGCAGCCCAGCUCGAGGCCCCGCAGCGACGCCGACGACUGCAACGCGCCUCGAGCCUGGGACUCGGUUUCUCCCGCCAGCCUGCGCCAUCCCGACAGCGUCAAUCCCAUGGCGCGGUUCCUGAGACUCUGCACCUGGCUGCUGGCGCUCGGCCCCGGGCUCCUGGCGACAGUGCAGGCGGAAUGCAGCCAGGACUGCGCGACGUGCAGCUACCGCCUGGCGCGCCCGACAGACAUCAACCCGCUGGCUUGCACACUGGAAUGUGAAGGGAAACUGCCUUCUCUCAAAACCUGGGAGACCUGCAGGGAGCUUCUGCAGCUGUCCAAACUCGAGCUUCCUCAAGGUGGCGCCAGCACCCUCCGAGAAAGCAGCAAACAGGAGGAGAGCCAUUUGCUAGCCAAGAAGUAUGGGGGAUUCAUGAAAAGGUAUGGAGGCUUCAUGAAGAAAAUGGAUGAGCUUUAUCCUCUGGAGCCCGAAGAAGAGGCAAAUGAAGGUGAAAUCUUUGCCAAGAGAUACGGGGGCUUCAUGAAGAAGGACGUAGAGGAAGAUGACGGCCUGGGCAAUUCCUCAGACCUGCUGAAAGAGCUGCUGGGAACAGGAGACAACCGAGAGAGUAGCCACCACCAAGAGGGCAGCGAUGACCAAGAAGUGAGCAAGAGAUAUGGAGGCUUCAUGAGAGGCUUAAAGAGAAGUCCGCAAUUGGAAGACGAAGCCAAAGAGCUGCAGAAGCGAUAUGGAGGCUUCAUGAGAAGAGUGGGUCGCCCGGAGUGGUGGAUGGACUACCAGAAGAGGUACGGGGGCUUCCUGAAGCGCUUCGCGGAUUCUCUGCCCUCCGACGAAGAAGGUGAAAGUUACUCGAAAGAAGGCCCCCAAAUGGAAAAGAGAUAUGGUGGAUUUAUGAGGUUUUAACACCCUUUCCCAUCAGUGAUCCCUGGCAUCAGUGAGCCUUCCUCUGCCCCGCAGUGAGAGACAGCCUCCGUGAUCGCGUUUUAUUGUCAUGUGUUGCUUGCACUCUGUAGUUGACUUUAUUGGCUGGAUAACUAACUACACAAUUUGCAAGUUUUCAUUUCAGGUCCUGCGUUCUUCUGAGAGUCUUUAAGUUCCGUGUUGGUCUAUUGCAGCUGUCUUGUUCUUAUGCUAAAAUAGUUUCUUUCACCUUGUCCUUUAUUUUUGACAAAACGCCAAUAAAUGCUUACUUGUAUAUGGAUAUAAUAAACCCAUUACCCCAACUGCA